AUGUGUAGCAAUCGUGUGUUCAAAUUUUCCACCGAAAAAGAAAGUUUUCCCUUUUUAUUUUCUGUUGUAGGAGAAGAGUGGCCGGAAUCAUUCUACAGUACCGAUUCUGGCCACCGCAGGUACACUGAUGACACCGGCGAUGAAACAGAACAAGAUGACAACGCUAACAGCGUUCAAGAAAGCCAAGUUUUCUGGGAGACUCAACACCAACUUCUAGAUGAAAUAUUUUCAGGGACUAGUUCUACCGAAUCAACAAUCCUACAAGCCACUGAAGAAGCUAUAAGAAAAUCUCAGAUGGCAGGGAACGUUUGUGUCUGCUGGCGUUACAUCGACACCGCCGGUGGUUGCCUGAAUUGCUUGCGGAGAGACGUCUCCGGUCAUCUUCGGAGUGAAGGUUUCGAUUGUGCCAUUUGCGUAUCUAUGUGGAGUAGUUCAUCAGAGAUCCCAUCUGGAAUGCAUAGCUAUCUUGAUGUGGUGGAUAAGUCUGAGGAGGAAGAGGAGGUGAGGGUGGUGAUCGAGUUGAAUUUCCGAGCUGAGUUUGAGAUGGCAAGAGCUAGUAAUGAAUACAAGAGACUAAUCAACCGGAUUCCUGAAAUUUUUGUGGGAAAGGAGGAGAGGCUAAGUAGUCUGGUGGAGAUACUGUGUUUGGCAACUAAGAAAUGCAUGAAGGAAAAUAAGAUGCAUAUGGGUCCAUGGAGAAAACAUAAGUAUAUGCAGGCCAAGUGGUUUGGCACCUGUGAGGUAGAGGACACCAUAGCCACCUCCUCUGCCACUCAAACCUCCUAUGGCCUCCGUGUUAACAUUUGA